GUUUUGCGCAUCCUUCGUCUCGACGUGACAACGCGACGUGAUGCUCUUUGCUCUUCUUCUCCCUUUUCGUUCCUGGUCUGAGUAGCGACCUGAGCAUCGCAGUGCAUUCGUUCACUUUGUUCGUUACCACAGUCCUUCGUUCCAGUUGAUUGCUCGUGGAAGGCACAUCUUGGGCUGCAUAUCGAAGUAUUCCGUUGACUGCCAUACAACACACAGUCUUUCCCGCUUGCUCAGAUUGUCCUUCGUCAACAUGAAUGCCCUAACCUCUCCGGCGCGACGCGUCCUCGGCGAGAAGGAUCCAAACACGCUGCUCGCCCAGGUUCAGUCACCUAAGAAGGCGAGACUCGACAUCGGGUUCGCCAGUCCUCGGUCCGUGAAGCCCGCUCACCCCUCAGGUAGCCCACACGCUGGGCAAAAACGAAAAUUACAACAGGUGGAGGACGAGGCAGCGGCGGAAUCACAGAACACGUCCACCCUACACCUUCUCUCGCAGAGGACCGAGUUAUUGAGUGAUGAGGAACCCUCAGUGCAUGAAGAGGGAUUCUACACCUCAAUGGCGGAGAUCAAAUCUACCCCGAACACUCUUCUCACGUCUUUCCAUGCAUCACAGGAGGAGCAUCCUCAACUCGAGGCCGAGUUUGUGAUUCUUGAUGAACCCAGUCAGCAAACACUGGACAAGAUGCAUGCUGUAUCAUUUACGCAGACCACUUCACAGCUGGUACCACCCCUACGGCCCGGUUUGGACAAGGCGCCGUCUCAACUCAGCUUGAGUAUGUCAAGUCUGAUAGACUUCGACAACAAUCUCUCUUCUCAAGGUGACGACAUGCAAAUGCUCGAAGAGCCAGACCACAGGCAAAACUCCGAAAAGGACGCCAGGAAAGAGAUGCUGCUUGAGAAAGCAGAAACUCUCCGGACCCGACUUCAGCUCGCCUUCUUCAAGGUAGAAACCAACCAAAUUUCCAAGCCCUUUGCGCGUCUUCAGGUGCCCAAGGCAAGAUCAUCGUCCCCAGACCUGGCAAGGUCGUCAUCUUCUUCCUCCACACUGAGACCUCGUUCCGUACACCAUCAGACGACCACCAUGACUCCCGAAACUCGAGUUGCUAUCGCACGCGCGAGGGCGACCAUGGGGCCGAAACCCAGUGUGAAAGCCUUGUCCAGCCUACCUAUACCGAACAUAGCUCCGACCGCCUUCUCCGCCAGGUGGAACGAACAACAAGAGAACCAAGGUGGCCAGGGCUUCCCGGCGUACAUGCCUAGUAGUCCGCCGUUGUCGGACGGUGGAGAAGCGGAAGUCGACCAACCGAUCAAGCGUGUCAUCCUCGAACCUAGAACGCCUGUACAGCGUGCCAGUCCUGGCGGAGUUCAGCAUGGGAGGAGCAGGGCCCAGACGGAAGUGCAGUAUGGUCGAUUCCGACCUGGAGGGCUGACAAGCAGUGUCAUUAAGGGCGAGGCUGCAAACAGCCUGCUCCAGCUUGUUAGAGGUGGCAGCGGCGGUGUCGGGAUGUGCGGCCUGUAAAAUGUUUGUAUUCUGAAAGAUCUUGUAAAGAUACCAUGGAUGAUUCAGCAUUGUCGGAGAUAGCAAGGAAAAGGGCAUUUACUGUUCAGCAGCGGCGUUCCAGAGAAGAAACAAAAUGUCAGAGUUCAGACGAAAAAUCAAUACCACAGAGUCUUUCAUAUUGUGGCUGCAGCACUGUCUGUCCAGCAGCUCAUUUGCAGCCAAAAUGUAGC